AUGGCGAAGAGUGAGAUUAGUAGCACUUUGAGGCAUCUAAAGGUCUGCUGUGAUGUGAAAGAGGAGAAGAAGAAGAAGAUUGAUGAAGAGCCUAUGCUUCUUUUUGUGGUGAUAACAGACUGGGAUCCUCAGCCAGGAGCAUUGCUAGGACGCAUGUCAUUUCAGUCUUUCAACCCCUCCAUUGAGAAACUGAAUGAAGAAGCGUUAAGCAGUCGAGAGACAGAUGCUUCCCCCACAAGCUCUAGCGGUAAUGGAGGAAGAAUGUCUUUUAGCGAAUCGAAGAUUGAGCCAAGUCGGGAAACAAAUGGUGACUUGAAAAGGAAACAGUCUGAGGAACAAAACCAUCCAAGCAAGUCACCGACGAGCAGUGACAAACCUUCACCGAGCAACAAAAAAGGCGGUGGUUUCAAGAAACCUAAGAGCCUGAAGGCAGCUUGGAGCGUUCUGAAGCCACCAAAACCUCAAACCAACAAGGGUUAGAAUUAGCUAACUGCAGCUACCUUGCAAUUAGUUCAUAUCGGUUCAUAUGUGAUAGUAGAUCACUCCUUCCCGCUUGUCUGUAUCCGUUUGAUAAGUUAAUAGUCAAAAGUUUUGAACUCUCUACUUGGUUGUUUUACGCUUGUGUUAACUGCAGAUAUACGAGGAAACAAUUUGUCAUUCCAACAAGGUUUUGAAGAUAUUUAACGUUUCCUCACGA